AUGUCUGACAAAAUACCGACUGUUCAGGCUCUUGAGAAGCCAGAGAAGCUUGAAAAUAUCCUGCGCCAGGACAGAGGGGAUGAUUGUUUGCCUUGCAAAGUCGUCGGAAGCGGCGCAUUCUUUGGCCUUGGAGCUUACAGCUACUUUUCCGGAAUGUCACAGCUUGAUAAGCAAAAGGAGCUGAUCCUACGGAGCAAGUCGCCAUUCGGUAUGAGAAGUCGCAAGUUUGGAAUCACAUCUAUUUCGCUUGCUCUGGUGUGGAUGGGACUAUGGCGAGCUUUCAAAUAA